AUGAACGGCGAGGAGCAGUACUACGCGGCCACGCAGCUUUACAAGGACUCAUGCGCGUUCCAGCGAGGCCCGGCGCCGGAGUUCAGCGCCGGCCCCCCUGCGUGCCUGUACAUGGGCCGCCAGCCCCCGCCGCCGCCGCCGCACCCGUUCCCUGGCGCCCUGGGCGCGCUGGAGCAGGGCAGCCCCCCGGACAUCUCCCCGUACGAGGUGCCCCCCCUCGCCGACGACCCCGCGGUGGCGCACCUUCACCACCACCUCCCGGCUCAGCUCGCGCUCCCCCACCCGCCCGCCGGGCCCUUCCCGGAGGGAGCCGAGCCGGGCGUCCUGGAGGAGCCCAACCGCGUCCAGCUGCCUUUCCCAUGGAUGAAGUCUACCAAAGCUCACGCGUGGAAAGGCCAGUGGGCAGGCGGCGCCUACGCUGCGGAGCCGGAGGAGAACAAGCGGACGCGCACGGCCUACACGCGCGCACAGCUGCUAGAGCUGGAGAAGGAGUUCCUAUUCAACAAGUACAUCUCACGGCCGCGCCGGGUGGAGCUGGCUGUCAUGUUGAACUUGACCGAGAGACACAUCAAGAUCUGGUUCCAAAACCGCCGCAUGAAGUGGAAAAAGGAGGAGGACAAGAAGCGCGGCGGCGGGACAGCUGUCGGGGGUGGCGGGGUCGCGGAGCCUGAGCAGGACUGCGCCGUGACCUCCGGCGAGGAGCUUCUGGCGCUGCCGCCGCCGCCGCCCCCCGGAGGUGCUGUGCCGCCCGCUGCCCCCGUUGCCGCCCGAGAGGGCCGCCUGCCGCCUGGCCUUAGCGCGUCGCCACAGCCCUCCAGCGUCGCGCCUCGGCGGCCGCAGGAACCACGAUGA